GCUCCGGCCGGGGCGCGCGCUGCCCUCGCUCCUCGCCGCCGCGCAGGGGUCCCCGGUCACCUCCCUUGUGCUGUUCUUCCUGGAUGGAACAAGAAAAUAAACAGGGUGUGUGUGAAGCCCAGGACUCAGCAGACCAAGGGAUGGGCUCUGAUUUUGAGAACUCUGAAGACAGGGAACGGGACCCAGAAGAAAGAGGAAUGGGCUCUAAGCCACAGGACGCAGACAAGAGAGAAGGCCCCCCACAGCAGGAUCUGGGCUCCAACGCACAUGAUGACGCUCUGGGAGGGGACCCAGAGGAGAGGGAUCUGGUGUCUGACAUCUGCCCAGAGGGGCUGCUGAGUGAGGAAGAAGGGGCCGCGCUCCGCGAAGAUGAUGAUUACCAAUCUGGUGUAGCUGAGAUGGCGAUGUUCCCGGGACUGUCUGAAUCCGACAGCAUUUCCCGGAGCCCCCAGGAAGAGGAGGAGGAGGAAGAGGAGAGCGCUGGGGAGAACCGGCUCGACGAAGAGGAGCAGCCGCCCCCUCCCAUGCUUCCCUGGAGGCGGCACCUCUCCCUAGGCAGUCGGCACCGGAGCGACAAGCCGGCCCACCGCCGCUUCCGCCGGCUCCAUCACCCCAUGGCCAUGGACCUCGGGGAGCUCGACAGCCUGAUGGCCAGCAUCAUGGACGCACCCACCAUCUGCCCCGACUGCGGGGAGAGCUUCAGCCCGGGCGCCGCCUUCCUGCAGCACCAGCACAUCCACCGCUUGGCGGAGGCCGCGGCCGCCGCCAGCCUGGAGCCCUUCGGCUUCGCGGGCGAGUGUGGCGCCAUGGUGGGGAUGGCUUGUGAGGGCAGUAAAAUGUGA